AUGAGAGAGGAGGAACUGUGGAGCAGUCAGGAGGGAGAGCAGCUUCAAGGGCUGGAGGAGGCUGAUAUCACCAAGUUCACAUUCACUCCUGUCCCUGUGAAGAGUGAAGAUGAUGAAGAGAAACCUCAGUCUGAGGGACACCACUGUGGAGGACCAGGACCAGACAGAAACUCAGGUCCAGACUUAGAACCAGAUACUAAGGACAAUUUUCUGGACUUUUCUGAGACUCGAGUCAGUGUUGACGACUGGACGGAGACCAGAGAACUUCAGUCAGGUUUAAACUCUCUGAGAAUCGAUGAAGUUCCUUUCAGUGAUUCUAGAUGUAGUGUUCGUGAGAAACCGUUCAGCUGCUCUGAGUGUGGGAGAAGAUUCGGCUUCAAGGGUAAUCUGAAGGAGCACAUGAGGAGCCACACGGGAGAGAAACCAUUCAGCUGCUCAGUGUGCGGGAAAAGAUUUGGCCUCAAGACCCAUCUGAGGGUACACAUGAGAACUCACACAGAAGAGAAUCCUGCCAGCUGCUCAGUCUGGAUGACAAAGAACGACUAGUUUCAUCUUACCUGCACCACUGGAAUACAACACAGCACAGACUGCAUCGCAGUGGACUCUUCUACACCAGCUUCAUCCACAACGGAUGAUUGCUGACUAACAAAGCAACAUGCCAAAGCAGCAGCUCUCCAUCCUCUUUUCAUGGACUGGUAACGUAACAACGGGACAGACUGUUUCACUUCUGUCAAUGUAUCGAGUUCAUGUUUAACAAGUUUAUUGUUGUGAUCUCUUUGUUGUCAGGUUAUUGGGUAGUUGGCUUCUCCAAAGCUAAGUUGAUGUUAUUUUGCUAAUGCAUCACACAGACCCAGGGUCCUCCAUGUAAAUUAACACCCGUUUUACUGACCAGGCACUUUAAUGCAACACACAGCAGACCAAGUACACCUGCGCUCUACUUUGGCUUUGAAACACUAUUACACACAGAGUGGCAACUCAAAGUUCCCACUUCAUGCAUUUGUUUGGAUCGACCACAUGUGCUCAGAAAACCUGUCUCAGUGGCCAUCUUUGAUUUUGCCAUCUUGUUGUUUUCUGUUUUCAGCCAUUUUGUUUCAGCCCACUGGUGAUUCUCAAAGUCAAGGAUGCUUGCUUGGUAGGACGAGCCUGGAACAGGCUAGUGAGUGCCCAGGUGUUCUUCAGUGAAGAUGCCCCGCCUUCAAUUCUGGCAAAUUGAGUGCAAAGAAUCGUGGAUACUUCAAGCCUGCCGAGGAAACAAAUUUGUAUCCUUGAAAACUCUUUGAAGGAAGGACUCAGUCCUCAGUGGAAUUCGAAGGAUUCUUGACAUUGGAACAGUCCUUAGGCAAGAUUUGAUGACGCAGCCUCCUUGAAAUUCAGCCGUUCAAGGAUCCUUCCUUGACUUUGAGAAGCACCUAGUAUGUUGCUACGUUAGCAAGCAUUUGUUACAUUGUGAAUAAAUACUU